AACACGCUAUCGCAGCAUGCACGUGUAGACGAGAUAAACAAAUCUCCAAAAACAUUACAGUAGCUCGUUAUGCCUUGGAUACAUUCACUUACAGGGGUUAAGUGCUGCGCCUUUCGGAGGAAAACUCUUCUUGGCAAUGUGGGUUUCCUGAGUAUAAUCAGCGAUACAGCAGUGAUACAUCGGUCGCACCCAGGCAAUCUAGACAAAAUAUACAAUUUGAGCGAGAAUGCUGUUGCGAGUUAUUCUGCUUACUUUGUGCAUACUAGUGUCUUGCAUCACUGGUCAAACUACUAUUCCACAGCGGGUACAGGUGAGAGUGGGUCUUGACACCGUGUUACAAUGUUCUACAAAAAACACUGGUGAUUCUGUUAAUUGGUUAGAUCCGAAAGGUGUUGUCUUGUUUUUUGGUUCAAGACGUGUAACUUCGGACGACCGUUUUACCUUGAAUCAAAAAUACAGAAAUUCCUGGGAUCUGCAAAUUACAAACGUGAAAGCCGUCGAUGCCGGAUUAUAUAAGUGUGAGCCUAAACAACGCGAACCAGCGUCAGAUGAUAUAGCAAAAGUUUUUAAUCUUGAAGUUUAUGUCCCCCCUCGAAUCAUACCGUCAAAGUCAAGCAAAGAUCAGUUCGUUCAAGAGGGAGACAACACCACAUUAAUUUGUUUUGCUAGUGGAUUUCCUCUUCCAAACAUUGCGUGGCAUAAAGUAAGUGGUAACGAAGAAAAAUUGUUAUAUGAAAGCUAUGGGCAAUACCAAGGGCAAUUUGUGUUUUCUGAUAUUACAAGAAAUGAGAGUGGCGUUUAUAAAUGUACGGCUUAUAAUGGAGAAGGCAUGAAUGAUACAAGAACAAUGCUAGUAGAUGUACAGUAUGCCCCCACAAUUUUAACAAAUGUGCAGGUUAAAGGAUUGGAUGUCCAGCUAGAAUGCAUGGUAGAAUGGAACCCACAAGGCGAGAACAUCUGGACAAAAGACGGAGAGGUUAUUGUACAAAACUGGAAAUAUGAACCAAAAAUUAUUAACGACACCAGUACCAAAACCACGAUGAUUCUCUUUAUCAAUCAGAUAGAGGGACCAACUGAUUUUGGACAAUACAGUUGCAUAGCUAGGAAUAAGUAUGGUAAUGCUAUUGGAAAUAUCACGAUGCCGGUGUCCACCGAAUCAUCUCCUGGAAAGGGGAAGAAUAGCGCGAAAGAAAAUGGUGUGUGUAAAUCAUUGACAGUAGUUCUUAUGACGAUAUUCCUGUCUGUGUACGAAUUUUGAUUAUGUAAUACUUGGUAAAGGAUUCAUUGUUGUAACUUUGAAAAUAAACAACCGUGUAUAUUAUACAUA